AUGCCUAAAUUCAGCCAGUGGAUUCGAAAGAUAACCCAGCGCGGCCAUUCAGACCAGCAGGGCGAGAGGUCUUCACACAAUGCUCCACCGCGUCGUCGUUUGCGAAGGCCUCGGACGCCUUUGAUACCGAUCCUCCCUACUGACCGCAGAGCGCUGUCGUUUUUAUACGAUUCCAGCGCGUCAGACGAUGAGUGGGCGACAGAGAACAGCCUCUUCUUCCUGCGUUUGCCGCCAGAGAUCCGCCGGAUGGUAUACAUUGCUCUGUUUGGAUCAAGAACGAUACAUAUGAGUCUUCACUACACCACCUCAAUUGUUGCUGGAAAAGCCCAUGCCCGCUUGGACACGAUUAAGCGGACAGAUGAUCCUAAUCUCCAGUGGAGGUGGUGGCAUUGUGUCUGUCAUAGAUACAGGAACCUCCCCUUUUGGAACGACCGUUGCUCUCUGCCACAGUACACCUCUUGUCGUGCUCAUUAUGGAGAUCACUCAAGCUGCUUCAUUGGAGUACUGGAGUGGCUGCUGACAUCUCGUCGAUGUUAUACAGAAGCGAUGCCGGUUCUCUACCACACCAAUACAUUCAUCGUCAACGACGAAUUCUACGAUGGCCUCAUAUUCAAGCUGCCUAACCUAAUCCCAGCGCACCAUCUCAGAGGGGUUACCUCGCUUGAACUAACAUCUAGAAUCAUCCCCAGCGGUGACGCAGUUGAUGUCGGAGACCAUGCUGCACUGGUUUCGUUUAUUUGUUCUUUCUUCCCCCAGCUACGUUGCCUACGUCUACACAUAAAGAGAGGUGGUAGGUUUAUAGAACGGAAUGCUCACGAUGUAUUCCCUUGGACCAUGCCGGGGGUAGAAGGCUACCCUCUUGUAAGCGCUGCAAUUUUCUACACCACAGACCAGCUGGUACAUCAUUAUUCAACCCAGUUGAAGUGCCUGGAGGUUGCUUUGGAUAAAUACAUCUAUACGAGAGUCCUGAUGGUUCAACCCGAGGAAGUGAUCAAAACAGAGGAGAUACAUCCAAGACAAUCAUGGCGCAGGUUCUGGCGAACGGUCAUCACCCACGAUGGACUAAAUCUAGGCUACUACGUUAUAGAAGCGGAGGACCAGGUUCUUAUUCCGAUAGACACAUGCUUAUAG